AGAGUGAAAGGUUCACGGCGAGCGCGAAACGACGUCGCCGGCCGCCGACGAUCACGACCGAAUGGCAGUAUCGUAUCGUGUCGCCGUCGCCUCGCUCUAUCCACUGCUUACCGUUGUUGGUCGGUACCGUCGCACGACCACCGUUUUCGUCGGUCGACUACCGAUAAAACACGACAGUGUUGGAACGGACCGCAGCUACUACCACCAAGGCAUGACUGCAGCGCGUGUAGAACCAUCGACAGUAACAGAUCCGAAGAUGAAGUCGACAAAAGCGGAUGAUGACAGCGGCUGCAGCGUAAAAGCGAGAGACCUAUGGGUGGAUGUUAACGGCGUGGCCACUCGAGUGCUGUGUUGGGGCCAGUCGAUCGACCAGGACAAUAAACAUGAAUUAAAGAGAGUGGUGCUGUGCGUGUGCGGCAACCCGGGUGUAACGGAAUUCUAUGAAAAAUUUCUACAAGAAGUCUAUCGGGUCCUCAACGUUCCUGUUUGGGUGUUAUCGCAUGCAGGUACAAAUUUUACUUUAUUUCCGGCUUUUAUCAAAAAAUUUUUGGUAAAUAUAACCCUUAUAAUCAUGGAAGGAGGGCAUGUCGAUGACCAUGUCAUCAGGUCAGCUGUGCGUUUGGUUCAUCCAAUGGUGUUACGCAACGUAUUUUCAAUGGCAGUAGAUGAAAUGGAUAAAAUAUACGAUUUGGACUACAAGCCGUUGAAGGACAACGCGAAGAGAUUAAACAUGUACUUCGGCAAAACCGACGGUUGGUGUCCGACGUCGUUCUACGACGACAUCAGCAAGUGCGUACCGGAAGCAGAGACUGUACUGUGCGACAAAGGCUACCAACACGCGUUUGUAAUCGGUUAUUCCGACGAGAUAGCUGGUGUCGUAUGCGACUGGCUCCAACUCGACCUAGGAGACACUAAACCGAAGUAAAACCGAAAUGUAAUACCUACACUGGUAUUGGACAUCUGCACUUCGGCGGUUGUUAGUCAACCUGAUUAAGAAAUUAUAAUUAUUUUUUUAUAAAUGAAGUUUAUUUUAUCAAUUUA